AUGGCCGAACCAGUCAAUACCCCAAUGCCACCGGGGACUCCAAUCUCGGCGACCCCACGCGCCGGGUCCCCCGCACCACCCCCCCCUCUGCCCUCCGUCUCGCCCCCAGUCGUCCCCUCCUCCACGGGCCCGAAGCCCAUCGUGCUACACAUAGGAGACCCGGUCAAGUACAACCCGGAGACAUAUGCCACCUUCUCGGCCGCCUUUAACGUGGUCCGGCCCAGCACGGCCGAGCGCCAGCGGCCCGCGUUCAUGGCGGCGCUGCGCGAGGGGCGCUGGGGACCCAUCGCGGCCAUCUUCCGGCCAUUCUGGGGCACGGGCGGCGAGAUGGGCCGGUGGGACGCGGAACUGAUCUCGCUGCUGCCGCCGAGCGUGCGCGUGUUCGCCAGCGCCGGUGCCGGCUUCGAUUGGGCCGACACGCGGGUCCUGGCCGAGCGCGGCAUCGUCUACUGCAACGGCGGAUUGGCGGCCGCUGAGGCCGUCGCCGACUUCGCUGUCGCCAUGGUCAUCUCCACCUUCCGUGCCCUGCCGUACUGCGUGUCGGCGGGCGCGGCACGCGACCCGGCCCGCUUCCGGGAGUGCCACGAGCGUGCCACCGCUCGCAGUCGCAACCUUCGCGGGCACACCCUGGGGCUCAUCGGCCUCGGCAACAUCGGCCAGCAGAUUGCGCGUAGGUGCGCGCUCGGAUUCGGUAUGGAGAUAUUGUAUUACGAUGUCGAGCGCAAGAGCGCGGCCGUGGAGGCACAGCUCGCGACGCGGUUCGCGCCAAGCCUGGAGGAGCUGUGCAGGAGGAGCGACUGCGUGGUGUUGUGCACGCCGGCCGGAGGCGGGACGCUGAUCAACGCCGAGAGCCUGAAGUGGUUCCGUCUAGGUUCGCGGUUCGUAAACAUCGCGCGCGGGUCGCUGGUCGACGAGGAUGCCCUGGCCGAUGCGCUCGAGUCCGGCAGGCUCAGCUCCGCGGCCCUGGAUGUACAUGCAGACGAGCCAAACGUCAGUGAAAGACUGGCGGCGCUGGCAGGUGACCGGGUCAUGUUGACAUGUCAUAAUGCUGGCGGCACGGUCGAGACGCAUGUCGGCUUUGAGGAGCUGGCGAUGCGUAAUAUCAUUGCUGCACUAGGUGGCAAGGAACCCAUCACGCCAGUCAAUUUGCAGUGGCUGAAGAGAGCCUGA